CCGGGUAGAGUGACCGCACCAUCCAGCGUGCGCAAAGCCAAAAAUAGCGACAGCAGCCCAACUUGCAAGGAAGUUUUCCACAUAGUUCCGACUUUUCGACACUUAAACCUAGACUAUUUGAUGGCUUUUCCCACCACAAGUGCCCAGCAAGCCGAGACGAACCGCAAGAUACUCGAGGAGAUACAGACAAAGAAGCAGUUGCUCGCGGGCGGGAUCAUAAACCUAGGACUGAGCACUACUAGUCAGAUGCCCACUCCCCAGUUGCUGGGACAGCCAACGACAGUAAAUCCCGAUUUCCAGGUGGGCGUGGGCACCAAUGCCACAUCCACCGCCCGCUCUGCAUUUAAUCCAACGAGCUCUACGACUCUGGGUUUCUUUGUACCUCAGGAUUCGUAUUUUGGAAACAGUUUUAUACCCGUGCUGCCUCGUCUGGAGCCGCUGCCGUCGCCCGCGACCACGCCCACCACCCCGAACGCCCCGGCCAGCCAUAUCGUUAGCAAAUAG